GCCCCCCCGCCCCGGCCGCGCCGUGCAUGCCCAGCCCGGUGCCCACCAUGCUGUGCCCGCCGGAGCCCCUCGCCUACUUCAAGCCCUCGCCCGGCCUCCCGGCGGCCGGCGGCGGGCUGGAAGGCGGCGGCGGUCCGGGGGCGGCGGCCACGGUGCUGGACGAGGUGGCGGUGCUGGAGCUGGAGGACGGCUGCGGAGAGGACGAGGAUACCUGGUUGUACGUCUUGCCUACCAAGACUCACACUUCUCAAGAGAAAUCAUUGAAUCCUCUGCAGUGGUGCAGGCGUGUUCUGGAUCAUCCAACUCCUGAGACAGAGGCUGCAAAACGUUCCCUAUGCUUUAGGUUGGAGCAAGCUAGCCGAUGGCGGAACCUCUUCUCUACACCUGUCUCCUUGGCUUUUCCCUAUAGUCCUGUUGCAAGACUCACCCCGUAUACCAAUGGCUUUAAUAGUCCCAGCUUCUCUAAAACCUCCAAUAAAGCAAUACUAACACCUGAACGGACAGGUUACAUUUCUAGGAGUUCCCCUUUGAGUCCACAGUCAUCAGUAGACAGUGAACUGAGCACUUCAGAACUGGAAGAUGAUUCCAUCUCAAUGGGGUACAAGCUGCAGGAUCUCACUGAUGUUCAGAUCAUGGCUCGUCUACAGGAGGAGAGCCUUAGGCAAGAUUAUGCUUCGACUUCAGCAUCUGUGUCAAGGCACACUUCCAGCGUCCCUCUGCAUGCGGGAAAGAAAGGGACAUGUGGUGACCAGGAAUAUGAUCGCUAUAGUCUUGAGGAUGAGGAAGAGUUUGACCACCUUCCACCUCCACAGCCACGUCUGACUCGCUGCUCCCCCUUCCAGAGAGGGAUCCCUCACUCACAGACUUUCUCCAGUAUCCGGGACUGCAGGAGAAGCCCUACUUCCCCACAAUUCCCUACAAAUACUUAUCAGCAACCCUACUACUCUCCUCAAGCCCAAACUCCAGAUCAGCAACCAAAUAGGAUUAAUGGAGAUAAACUUCGAAGAAGCAUGCCUAACCUCACUCGGAUGCCAAGUACCCCCACCAUUAACAGUAAUGCUGGCUUUGCUGGUUCUCCCGUCACUGUGAGGAACAGUCAGAGCUUUGACUCCAAUUUACAUGGAGCGAGUAAUGGGAUUUCAAGGAUGCAGUCAAGUAUUCCAUCACCAGGACAGCUUCAGCACCGAGUUCACAGUGUGGGACAUUUUCCAGUGUCUGUCAGACAGCCUCUCAAAGCUACUGCCUACGUAAGCCCAACCGUACAAGGUAGUAGUAGCAGUAGCAGUAGCAGUCUUCCAGUGUCCAGCAACUCGCAGUUAUAUUCUAACACUGGGAUCCCAAUGCCAAACAAGACUGCCAGUCAAGGGCUUGUGGGGCGCAGUGCUCUUCCGAGACCAUCGCUGGCCGUCAAUGGGAGUGGCAUUCCCAGAAGUAAAAUUGCACAGCCAGUUCGAAGUUUUCUUCAGCCUCCAAAGCCACUUUCAUCACUCAGCACAAUACGGGAUGGGAACUGGAGAGAUGGCUGCUAUUGAUGAAGGAUGCCCAUCAACAGUGGAAAACAAAUAAUGCAGAUUUCAUUACCCAGCUGGCUGGGUAACAAUGAUUUGGAAAAGGAGGGUCGUACAGUAUUAUGUCCCCCAGGAUCUUAAUAUGUAACCAUUUACAAUGUAAUGUCAUUUUUAAAAAUGAACAUCUUAUCAAAUACUAAAUGUUGCACUUAAUCAGUUACCCGAACAGCAGCACUGGCAUUUGGAACUGAAGAAAGUACUAAAUGUGUGCAAAGUACAAAAAUAUUUCCUUGGAAGGAACUGGGAGAUUAUGCUCUUGGGCAGCUUUGCCAUACUGAAGUUCUGAGAUAAUUUAUUCAGUGUAAAGGCAUCAUGCAUUUUAUUUUGAAUUUGGGGGUACUUAUGUAUGUGCUUGAAUUUUUUUCUAGUGUUUCCAGUACUUUUUAUUUUGUAUACUUAAGUUCAUUUUAACUUGCCUGAACCUUGAACAACAGAGAGAUAAUUUAACUUUUCUGUGCCAUAAAUAAUAUUUUUUGGGCAAUGUACUUUUUUAGCGCUAGGAACAUAUCUUACAAAAUCUUACCAUUGGCAAUACAAAGCAGUAUAUUUAUGUUGCAGAAGCACAAAAGAAAGGUAGCAUUCACUGGAAAUUGUCAUACAGCUGGGUCAGCAUGGUUUUGUUGGUCUUUCACCAUUUGUUCAAUUUUUAAUUUAUUGUCAUAGUGUUUUGUAUUUAAAAACGGCCGCAUAUGUCACAUUGCAUUUACAAAGAUACAGUGAUCUCUAAAACUACAGUUGAUUUUCAGUACUUUAUUACAAAGAAUAAAAUUGUAAUGUUUUAUUAACAGUUGCUUAUGGAAAGUGAGUUUUAAUGUGAAUAAAUCUUUUUGAUAGACCUUUUACAAAAUUCAAUUGCACUAAUCAAUGCUUUCUUACAAUGGCAUAUGACUUAAUAUUUGAUUACAACUGUGUAUACUGCUGUUUUGGAAUGUUUCAGGAAAUAAAGAAUCUAUUUCGGCAAUAA